AUGUCUCGGCAGUCCGUCUGCAGAAGCUUUGGAGGCGGGAGUAGAAGGGGCUACAGCUCUUGCUCUGCCAUCGGUGGUGGCUUCGGAGGCGGCGGCAGCAGAAGCAGGGGCAGCUACAGCUCGUUCUCUAUGUCCAGGGGAAUUGGAGGCGGUGGACGCUGCGGAGGGUUUAGCAGCAAGAGCCUCCAUAGCAUGGGUGGCAGUGGAAGGAUUUCCAUGGGCGGAUGCUACGGCGGUGGAGGAUACGGAGGCAGGAUGGGAGGCUUCGGUGGAGGCUACGGAGGAAUGGGUGGCUUCGGUGGAGGAAUGAGUUGCGGAGGAAUGGGCGGCUUUGGAGGAAUGGGUGGUGGCGGAGGAAUGGGCGGCUUUGGCGGAGGAAUGGGUAGCUACGGCGGAGGAAUGGGCGGCUACGGCGGAGGAAUGGGCGGCGGAGGAAUGGGUGGCGGUGGAAUGGGCGGCUUUGGUGGGCCAGGCUUUGGCAUGCCAGGCUUUGGCGGCCCCGGUAGAGGUGGCCCUGGAAUCCAGCCAGUGCAGGUCGACUCAAGCCUCCUACAGCCAGUCCAUGUUGAGAUUGACCCCCAGAUCCAGCAAGUCAAAAACCAGGAGAAGGAGCAGAUCAAGACUCUUAACAACCAGUUUGCCUCCUUCAUUGAUAAGGUCCGCUUCCUGGAGCAACAGAACAAGGUCCUCUCCACCAAGUGGGAGCUCCUCCAACAACAAGGGCCUUCGGGGCCAAGGAAGAACCUCGAUGCCAUCUUUGAGAAUUACAUCCAGAACCUGAGGAGGCAGCUGGACUCAAUCCUGGCGCAGAGGGGGCAGCUGGAGUCGGAGCUGCAGAACAUGCAGCAAUACGUCGAGGAGUACAAAACCAAGUAUGAGGAAGAGAUCAACAGGCGCACAACUGCUGAGAACGAGUUUGUGGUGCUCAAGAAGGACGUGGACUGUGCCUACAUGACUAAGGUGGAGCUGGAAGCCAAGGUGGGAGCUCUGACUGAUCAAAUCAACUUCCUGAGGUGCAUCUACGAGGAGGAACUGGCCCAGAUGCAGACGAUCAGCCGGGACCUGUCUGUGGUGGUGUCCAUGGACAACAACCGCCACCUGGACCUGGACAGCAUCAUCGAGGAGGUCAGGCGUCAGUACGAGCAGAUCGCUCAGAGCAGCCGGGCUGAAGCUGAGGCGUGGUACCAGAGCCAGUACGAACAGCUGCAGAACACCGCUGGAAGGCAUGGGGACAGCCUCCGCAACACCAAGAUAGAGAUCCAAGAGCUGACCAGGAACAUCCAGAGGCUGCGGGCUGAGAUUGAGAACGUGAAGAAGCAGAACCAGCAGCUGCAGGCAGCUAUUGCUGAGGCCGAGGAGCGGGGUGAGAUGGCCCUCAAGGAUGCCCGGAUCAAACUGGAAGAGCUGGAAGGUGCUCUGCAGAAAGACAAGGAGGAGCUGGCUCGCUUGUUGAAGGAGUACCAGGAGCUGCUGAACAUCAAGAUUGCCCUGGACGUUGAGAUUGCCAUGUACAGGAAGCUGCUGGAGGGAGAGGAGAACAGGCUGUGCAACGACGGCAUGUCCAACGUCAACGUCUCUGUGGUAGGCAGGACCACCAUCACUGGAGGCCGAGGAGGCAUGGGCGGAGGCUUCGGCGGCGGCAGCGGCAUGGGCGGAGGCUUCGGCGGCGGCAGCGGCAUGGGCGGAGGCUUCGGCAGCGGCGGCGGCGGCGGCAUGGGUGGCGGAAUGGGAGGAGGCAUGUGUGGAGCAGGAGGAGGCUUUGGAGGUGGCAGCAUGGGCGGCAGCUGUGGGAUGGGAGGAGGAAUGUACAGCGGCGGCUUCUCUUCUGGAAGCGGAAGGAUCUGUGGCUCUGGAGGCGGCAGCUUCGGCUCCGGUGGGGGAUCGUCCUCCGUACGGAGAUGCGUCACGACCACCUCCGUCAAAUCUUCGGGAGUGAGGUUCUGA